AUGACCCCAACCAAAGCACCCACAAAAGUCGACGUCCUCAUCAGCGGCAGCGGCUCAGCCGGCCUCUGCGCCGCGACCUGGCUGGCACGGUACGGGCUCCGGUGCAAGGUGCUGGAGCGGCGCGAGGGCCCGAUGACGAUGGGCCAAGCGGACGGGGUGCAGUGCCGGACGGUGGAGAUCUUCGAGAGCUUCGGGAUCGGCGACGCGCUGCUGCGUGAAGCGUACCACGUGCUGGAGGUGGUGUUCUGGGCGGAGGAGGACGAGGGCGUGAUCCGUCGCACGGGCAGGACGGCGGAUACGUUGCCGGGAUUGUCGCAUCAGCCGCAUAUUAUCCUCAAUCAGGCGCGGAUUAACAUGUUGAUGAUUGAGGCCAUGCGGGAGUUUAAUGCGCAGGAGAUUGAUUAUGGAUAUACCGUUCUGGGGGUUGAUGUGGAAGGGGAUGCGGAUGCGGAUGCGUAUCCUAUUAAGGUUAUGGCGGAGAAGGAGGGGAAGGUGGAGAGGUUUGAGGCCAAGUAUUUGUUGGCAUGCGAUGGUGCGCAUAGUACGGUGCGCAAGGCCCUCGGGUAUAAGAUGGUGGGUGAUAGCUCGGACGCGGUCUGGGGCGUCAUGGAUAUGGUCCCGCGUACGGAUUAUCCGGAUGUUCGGAAGAAGUCGACGAUUCGCUCGAAGGCGGGCAACCUGCUGAUCAUCCCGCGCGAAGGCGAUCACUACAAUCUGACGCGGUUCUAUAUUGAGCUCCCUGCCGGCACGAAGGCCAAGGACGUCAGGCUGGAGGAUCUCCAACAAACGGCAAGGAAGAUCCUGAGCCAGUAUCGGAUUGAGUUCGUGGAGACCGUCUGGUGGUCCGCGUAUGCCAUCGGCCAGCGCCAUGCGGACUGCUUCCACAAGGACUACCGCGUCUUCCUGGCGGGAGACGCCUGUCAUACGCAUUCUCCCAAGGCUGGGCAGGGAAUGAAUGUCAGUCUGCAGGACGGUUACAAUAUUGGAUGGAAGCUGGCUUUGGUGCUGAAGGGCCUGGCCCCGCCUUCUCUGCUGGAGACCUACGUGCUGGAGCGCCAGAAGGUGGCUAUCGACUUGAUCAACUUCGAUCGCUACUUCGCCAAGCUCUUCUCUUCCAAGGGUGAGGCGUCCCCCCAGGAGUUCCAGGAGGGGUUCAUCCAGUCGGGGAAGUAUACUGCUGGUCUGACGGCCAAGUAUGAUGAGUCGCUGAUCACUUCGGAUACGGACGUGUCGAAAGAGCUCUCUACCAAUGUCGUGGUGGGGAUGAGACUGCCUAGCGCACAGGUGGUGCGCUUCUGCGACUCGAAGCCGCUACAACUGGCCACGACUCUGAAGUCAGAUGGCAGGUGGCGGGUCAUCGCCUUCGUGGGUGAUCUCAGCAUUGCGCAUAACAAGGCUCGGUUGGAUGCUCUCGGAAGCUAUCUCAGUUCCAGCGAUAGUCCGCUGCAGACUUUCCGCCUGGACGGGGGCGAUGCAGACAGCUUGAUCGAGCCGAUACUAGUUGGGUAUGGCCAGCGACAUAGUGUCGAGCUCGAGGACAUCCCUCCAUGCUUCUACCCUGUUACCGGCAAGAACCAGACAAGAGACCUUCAUAAGAUCUUCUUCGACGAUGAGAGCUAUAACAAGGGCCACGGCCAUCUGUACGAGCACCUGGGCAUCAGCCCUGAGAAGGGGGCCAUCAUCAUCGUACGCCCAGAUCAAUACGUCUCGACUGUCCUGAGUCUCGACGACUACCGCCAGGUGGGCCACUUCUUCUCGGGCUGCCUGAUACCCCAGAUAGAGACGCAGUCCCGCCCAGAGGGCAAGCUAUAG